GAAAAGGGGUCAACGGAGAAGACCCACCAAGUAGUCUCACCGCCAUCCGGUUAAGUUAUUUUUAACUCACAACAUUUCGUCAGAUCAGCUGAUAGCAAAGAUUUAAAUAAAUUAUAUUUAUUCCUGUUAAUGAUCAACAAUGGAGUCUUGCAAAGAAGGAAAAGAUUUUGAGUAUGAACCAAGUCCGAAAAAUAAAAAAAGUUGGUCUGAACUUCGGGGUGUUGUUAGUGAAUUUAGGAGAAAAUUGUCGGGAGUUUCUGAUGGCUCGGUUCCUGAUCAUAUUACUUUUAGAUCGCUACCAGAUGGAAGGACGAGAAUAUAUUUUUUGGGCACUCCGAGUAAUGGUUGGGAAACUACGCUUUUGUUUGUUGACAUUGGUCAGUACGAGCAGUGUAAUGGAUGUAAAUUACACUGGCAACCUGUCAUUGAAGCCAAUUUCCAGAGCGUUUCAAGUGCCAACAGACUAUCAAAAGAAGAGCAGUUACUCUGGGAAAGGAAAAGACUGACCACCUGGGGAAUAACCUCUUACGAAAUCCACCUCGAAACCGGCAAGCUAGUAUUCCCCGCCGCAAGUAGCCUGUACCAAUGCAUAGACACCGGUUUCCUCCCGGGUCCCUUAUUCCCAUCCGAACUUCGAAUUCUCGCGCCUGGAGCAAAAUUAUGCCCUCAAAUCUGUCCUUGGAACAGCGCUCUCGUCGCCCAUACCUGUUCAGGCGACCUUUACCUCUCCCACUCAAUAACCGGGUGUUCAGUGCGCCUAACUUACGCGCGCAAGGGCGGAAAGAACCUAACCGAAGAUCCUCUAACCGCCGGGACUCCUUCCUACGUAAUGCAGGAAGAAUUCACGCGUUACACCGGGUACUGGUGGCAGCCCAAAUCCUCCGACGGAAUUUACCGAAUAGUCUACGAGGAAGUCGACGAGAGCGACGUUAAAAUCUUCUGCUUUCCUUCCUCAACCCUAAACUCGGGAGAAGUCGACGAGUUCCGGUUUCCUCGGGCAGGAACUUCAAAUUCUAAGAGUAAUUUAAAGAUGCUGCAAUUUCGGUUGACUGAAACCCAACAAAUAGUGGAAAUUGAGACCCUAGAAUUGCAGUACCCGUUGCACAUAAUGUUCCCGUGGAUGGAAUAUUUAGUCCGAGUUGGCUGGACUCCAGAUGGCAGCAACGUCUGGGUCCAAUUGCUGGACCGAAAGCAGCAGAGGAUUGAAUUAGUCCUCUUAUCUGUUGAUAACUUUUGCGAGCCUCCGCCUAACGUUUACAACUCGGAGAACCACUUCACGCCCUCUUCAGCAAGCGUCCAGGUUAUUUACUCCGAAGAGAGCUCAAUUUGGAUCAACGUCAACGACCUGCUCUACUUCCUCCCCUCAGAUGACCCCACAGAGGUCAAAUUCAUCUGGGGAAGCGAAGAGUCCAAGUACAUGCACUUGUAUUUAAUAACUUCUAGCAUUGCUGGACUCAGCAAUGGAAUUGAAGAGCCUCUUGACCGUCUGGACAGUGUUUACUUCCAGCCCAGGGUCAUUUCCAAGGUCGCCAUCACCCAGGGCGACUGGCCGGUCCUGGGGAAGAAGAUCUGGGUGGAUACUAGCAAUUCCAUUGUAUACUUUGUGGGCCUCAAAGAAGGACCCUUGGAGCAACAUGCCUAUGCGGUGUCCCUCAGGAGGCCUUUGGAGGUUAGGUUGCUCACCAGACCUGGGCACAGUUACAACAGCAUCUGCUUUAAUAAGGAGUGCACCAUGAUGGUCGCUGUUUAUAGCUCUAUUAAGACGCUACCGACGUGUCAGGUGUUUAGAAUAUCCCAGAGUGAUUGGACUGUCGAGAGCAUCAGUCUCACGCCUGUUGGGUAUUUGUUAGAGCCUACUAAUUCGGAGAUUGAUCUACUCGCGCCGGUUAUUCAUGCGCAUAAAAUUAAUUCUGGGGAUACCAUUUAUUCUAUGGUUUUUAAGCCGCAUAAUUAUAGGCCCAGGGUCAAGUAUCCCGUUAUUUUGCAGGUUUAUGGAGGUCCGGAGGUUCAAUUGGUUUCUAAUACUUUUAAGGGAAUGCGACAUUUGAGAAUGCACAUGCUAGCGUCUCAAGGAUACUGCGUUGUUUUAAUAGACAACCGUGGUUCCCACUACCGCGGUCUGAUGUUCGAGAGUCAUUUAAAACGGCGAAUGGGAACUGUUGAGCUAAGUGAUCAGGUUGAGGUGCUAAAUUUGUUGGCCGAUAAAUUGGGAUACUUGGAUUUGAACCGGGUUGCGCUUCACGGAUGGUCUUACGGUGGUUAUUUGAGUUUGAUGGGAUUGAUUCAGUACCCGGAAGUAUUUAAGGUGGCUAUUGCCGGAGCACCAGUAACUUGCUGGAACCUCUACGACACAGGAUACACUGAGCGGUACAUGGACCACCCGGACAGCAAUUACCACGGUUACAUAAACAGCUCCGUUUUGACCUACGUAAAUAAAUUCCCCGACGAAGAAAAUCGCUUGUUAAUAAUUCACGGAUUAAUUGAUGAAAACGUUCACUUUUUUCACACAAGCGAAUUAAUUAAUGCGCUUAUCAAAACCGGUAAGCCUUAUCAAUUGCAAAUUUACCCGACAGAGAGGCACAGUCUUAGGAGUUUAGAUGCAACGAGGCAUUACGAGACAACACUGCUGUCUUUUUUACAAAAUAAUCUUUAAAUUUAAGAUUUAAAAUAUUUUUAAAAAACCGCCAGCUUAAUUGAAAAAAAAAAAAUUUUUUUUAAAUUGUACAUAAAAGAUAAAUUUUCCACUUUUUUUUUUUGAUCUUCAUACCACGGAAAGAACAAGAUGACACUGGAUAACAUCCUAGAUUAUAUUCAGAGACAUUUAUGGUGAAAAAAAAAUUUCAAAUAGUAGCUGGUAUAAUCCAGAUUACACUGAGUGACAUAAUCAAAAAAUUACC